UCAAAAGUUGCGACGUGUGAGAAACCAGCGUUUUCCUCCUGGAUGGUGUCAGCAUAAACAUUAGUAAUUCGCUGUAAAAAAAGGUUUUCGUGUCGACGUUUAUUCCCCCCGGGGCAGUGUCCACUUCCACAGACUUUUCCGAGUUUAAUCACUUUAUAAGUAAGCUUUCCCUCUUUCCACGGCGCGUUAAGAUGGACUCUACGAAACGCAGGGAGGAAAUAGACAAAGCUCUGGAAUUCAUACAGUCAUCUCUACCUUAUCCAGAACCUGAAGGCUACCAGGACUUUCUGACCCAGUUAGUGCUCAACCUUCUUGAUGAGGGCAACGCGUCAUUCAAAGACAACGAUUGGGAUCAAGCAGUGAGAGACUUCAGCGAAGGGCUGAAUGUUGCACAAUACGCCACAGCAGAGGAGAUUCGUAUCCCUGAAGCUUUGUUUGAGAGCCUGUACGUCAGCCGGGCCACUGCCUAUUACAACCUGCGGCAGUAUGAGUGUGGCAUGCAGGAUUGUGACAGUGCAUUGGAAAUGUCUAAAGAAAGUGCGAAGGCACUGUACAGAAAGGCCCUUUGUUUGAAGGAGCUCGGACAGCACAGAGAGGCCUACAACUGCACAACAGAGUGUUUGCUCAUUACACGUCUGGACAAUCAGGUGAAUGAGCUGGCACAAGAACUUGCCGUCUCUUUGGGACUAAAAAAACGAAAACCCUACAUCAGUACAACAAAGGUGGAGACCAUCACUGCUGGUGCUGUCAGAAAUGAAAAUAUGGGUCCUCAAGCUGCACAGGCAAGCACUUCUCAAAGCCAUGGUGAUUUUCGAAGCCAGGGCUUGUAUCCCAUCGGUGGAAUUGCACCAGUUUUGCCGUACAGUGCACCUGGCCCCUCCGCAAUGCUUUCGAGCCAGCUGCCAGAAAAGCCCAGGGUGACCCCCUCGGACUUGGAAACUCUUGAGGACAACGAGUUGAUGGGAGACGACCUAGACAGCCUGCUAGACUGCUUCCCUAGUGAGCUAGAGCCAGCGAAGACCCAAACCCAGGCAGCCUUCCUCGACCCCCCAACUUAUGACCUAACCCAGAAAUCUGCUUGUGUUCCCACUGUGACCCCUGUCCUGCCUGCCCCUACGCUCCAGCUUCCCCCAGCUUUCUUCAGUUCGGCUGUCAGCCAGCUCAACUGUCUGGACACCUUCUCAGCUGUGGGUGGCGGGGACACCCCCAAGGCAUUGGUGCUAGAUACUCUAGACACCAUCUCAACCACUGAUGGCCUGGAUGCCUUGGACAGUUUUUCGUCCGACCCCACAGGUGGCGCUGGCAGCGAUGUACCAAACCUCGGGCUGAGCGCUGCGCUGAACACUGCAGCUCUUGAUAGCCUCGAUUCACUGGACGACCUUCUCAGUUCACCUUCUCAUGUCGAUGCCAGGAAAGACACGGAUGAACCCAAAGCAAAGCAAGAUGCAGAGGGACAGUGCCAGGAUGAAACCCUGGACGAAAGUCUGGAUGCGUCUCUUGAUUAUUUAGAUACUCUGGAUAGCAUCUCUGGCCUGGAAGAUCAUAGCACAGAUUUUCCUAAAAUAGGUGACAACACACUAAACCCACUUGACUCGCUCGACUCCCUUGACACCCUGGAUUCUUUACCCAUCUUAGGAAGGGACCAGGCAGCCCUGCCAACAGUCAUUGUCGGUGGAGGAGGCCUGGACUCGCUGUCUGAUUUCAGCCUACCUGGUGAUUACAGUUUCAACCCCCCUCACAGUGCCACCAUCCCUGUUACACAGUCAGCCAAGUGUGGCCCCAAAAUGAAAAGCUGCAAAGGACCAAGUGCGCUGGCCAACCCCCUGUCUGCCACCCAUGAAUUCAUGCAGGCGUGUUCUGCCUGUUACUCCCGUGAGGGGAAAGGGAUUAAUAGUUUUGUUCACAAGCCAGGUCUUGUCCAUAACUGCAAGAAGGAUGUACUGCUGUGCAGGAGAAAGACAGAAUAUAGUUUGGAGUGGACAAGGGUGCGACCAAUUCCUGUCAGGAGCUCCUUCUAUGGGCCGUUUGUCCUUUGCAGGGAGCUGCUGAAUUCAGGUGAUUUAUACCUGUGUAAGUAUGGGGAGCAAUGCACGUUCGCCUUCAACCAGCUUGAAAUAGAUGUUUGGACAGAAGAAAGGAAAGGAACACUGGAUAGAAGCUUCCUGUUUGAGUCAGAUUCUGUCGGACUAGAUCCUGGGCUCAGUGUGGCACGCCUUCUGCAAGAACACAACAGUAUAUUCAUGUUCCUCUGUCAGUUGUGCUAUGACAAUAAACCAAGGAUCAUCAGUAAGCAAUCCCAAGAAAACCCCACCAUGUGCUCCAACCCGUACACUCGCCACAUGUUUGAAGCCAAUAAGUGCAUGGUGUAUAUGGUGAAGACCAACACUGUGAACUACAGCAAGAUCCGCCCGCUGGACAUCAACUGCUACCUGAGUUUGUGCCGGCAUGCCAUCCGCUACGGCUGCCAAAGAGAGGACAGCUGCCACUUUGCCCACUCCAUCAUCGAGUACAAAACCUGGAAGCUGCAGCGAGACACGGGUAUCGCUCCUGAACAGAUUGUGAAGGAAUCGAUGAAGUAUUGCAAGAAGCAGGAACAGAACCCAAACAAACAGAAAGUCAACAAAACGUCUACCUUUGGUGGAUCUGGUGGUUUCAAACCAAGAGGAGGAGGCGUCAGCAGCAGGAGUCUGAACCUGCAGGUGAGGUUUGUCUGUGCUCAGUGCUGGCGGGAUGGCCUGACCAGUGAGCCUGACAAAUCCCUGAAGUACUGUACAGCCAAGGGCAGACACCUGUGGACCAAAGAGCGCCGGGUGCUGUUGGUGAAGUCCCUAGAAAGGAAUAAGUGGGUUCAGGUCCGACCACCUCCAUAUAGCAAGAACUACCCCGCUCAAUAUGACAUAUGUGCUCACAUUUUAGAGAAGAAGAAAUGUACCUACACUGGAAAGUGCACAUUUGCUCACAGCCAAGAGGAGAGGGAGCUGUGGACAUACAUGAAGAAUAAUGACUUGAGGGACAUGCAACAAAUAUAUGACAUUUGGCUAACCAGCCACAACCGCCAGUCAAAUGGAGCCAUGGUCAACCAGUCCCUCCCAUUUGCUGAGGAGAAAUACAUCGCCAUGCCAACUGACUAUGCUGAACCAAUGAGUGGCUUCCACUGCCAUCUAUGUGGGAGGAAUAGCAACAGUGAGCGGCAGUGGCAACAGCACAUCUCCUCUGACAAGCACAAGGACCGUGUGUUCAGCUGCGAGGAAGAGGACGAGACUCUGACCUGGAACUACCGUUUUCCCGGCCCACGCUUUGAAAUGUGCCCUAAGUUAAAUAGCCAAUGUCCCGAGGGUGCAAGUUGUGACUACGCCCACAGUCCUGAAGAGCUGCAGGAGUGGCUGGAGAGGCGGGACUAUCUAAGACGGAAGCUGGCCAAAGCCAGGGAGGACAUGCUCAUCAUGCCAGAUGAGUCUGACUUUGGGAACUACAACUUUCUUCUGCAGGACUGAGGAAACCAACUUUUUCCAGGAAAUAAAUUAUUGGGAUUUUUUUUUUUAAUCACCAAUUGCUGGUCACCGUUAAACUACUUAUUUUUUUAUAUCCAGGUUUAGGAAUUCCAGUUCCUCAGGAAAGAAAAUCCAACCUGUGACAUGUUUAACUCAUAGUUGUUGAAAUUCUCUUGAAAAAAAAAUGCACGGAGUUGGUUUCCAAAACCUUUAUGUUGUUUAACUGUAUGAACACUGACACGCUCAACUGUUAUGCACAGUGAAUGAAAAUGAUUUUCACAUAGUGGCUUAUAUCUGUUAAUAUCAGCCCAGUUAAACCAGACUGUGGAUGUAGAAAUUGCUAAAGUUGCAAUAUACACUGUUAUCAUUAUUUUAUGUAAGGCUGCAUAAUUCUUAAUUCAUAAUUCUUUAACCUUUUCGUGCAUGAAAAUCAUGCCAAUUUUUUUUAAAAAUAUAUUUUAUUUUGAAGGGGUUACGUAUUUGUCCACUGCAGUGGACACUAUGCAUCAACGGUAUAAAAAGUGAUUCAAUGGAACCCCAUAUAGGUCCGAAAAAAACAUGUUUUUAAAACAUUAACUAAGAGCGAAUGGUAUGAAUACACAUAAGAACAAUAAAUAGCAACAAUAGAGAGGGCAUUUGAAAAGCAUCAUUCCAUGUCGCCUUUUGUUCAUUUAUUUACUUUCCAUUCUCCUAAAAAUGGAGGCAGGUCUCCCUCAAACUGGUUGUCUUUGGUUUUCCAGACAUUCCUGCUUUAGUAUUGCCCCUGAAUGCUGUCAGGUUGCACAUGUGCAGCUCCCUCAGCAUCCUGAGCUCCCUCAGCUCCACUGUCACUCUCACUAACAUUUGCUGAAUGCUUUUUUUCUGGCAUCCACUCACAUCACUGGACUCUUGAGGGAAUUUCCGCCACUGUCCUAUAGGCCCCUUUAUCCCUUACUGCACUCGUGCUCUACAAAAUAUGACCAAGAUGAUAACCGUUACUCACAUAAUAGAACUAAUCUGCACAAAAUAUUGUUUUUACAGUAAAUACAGUAAGAUACAUAAUGAUAACAAACUGAGUUACAAAAAAGUUACAAUAGAAACAAAGUAUUUUCAAAACAACAAAGUUGCAGCAAUAGUAUGACUUGUAGCUGUAAUAUAGCUGGUGAUGCAUGAUGUCCAAUUUAGUAGACACAUAGUUAAUCGCAAUUUACUCGCAUCUGUCCUAUGCUAUUGACAAACAAACCUUAUCUAUGUUAAUCAUAUAGGCUACGCAUAUUGCCUACCUACAAGCUACCUGACUAUUAAAACACGCUUGAUAUAUCUACUUGGUUGGCAUCAUGUUUCCAAGAUAAGCAUUCCCUCCCGCGAUCUCAAUAUAAGCGUAAACUUUUGUUUUACAAUUCAGGGAAUUCUUACACACAGUAUUAUCUUUUCCUUAAUUUUUCCUUCCGUACCUGGCUAGCUGCCUUGCGCCCAAAGAUCACAAGCUCGCUGAGCGGGGCGCUGCGCCUUUGCUCGACACAGUGAAAAGCUGUCAUAGCACAGCAAAAGCAAAUAGGAAAUAAUGGGAUUCAUUCAGAGCCCAGUGGUGCCGUUGGUCGCGUUGUGUCUGAAAGGGCCUUAUGCAGUGAUGCAAUAGUGUCUACUGUAGUGGCUGAUAUGCAGUUACACCAUUGAAACCUGUGCAUUUACAAGAAAAUGGCUACUGAAUAGCUGUCCACUGUAGUGACCAUGUGUGAAAGGGUUAGAAGGAUCUAAAUAUGUAGUUGUUGAAAAAGUUGGGUUAGUAUACCCAAAAAGUUACUGUAUAAAAAAGACAAAAUACAUUUUUCAGAGAAAUAUAAAUGAAAGUCUUGUGGGUCUUUUGGCUUUGUUUUGUUAUGUUAUUCUUAGUAACACUGUCAGCCUUUGGUGGUCACUUGCCCACAUUGAGAUGAGGGAGCCUGUAUCCAAUUUGGUCUGGAAAAGUUAUUAAGUUAUUUUGUGGUAGAGUUUAUAUGACUCCAAUAAAAAAAAUUUCAAAAAGUUGCUCAGGCCAAAAUUAAACACAACUGUGCUAUUCAUCCAAUAUUAUCAAUUGUGAUGCAUAACGUUUUGUUUAUGGCCUUAACCAAAGAUGUCUGUGAAUGUUCUCAUUCAUCCAGGUCAUGGUUAUCCAAAGGAAUUGAAUUGAGUGCAACUGGACUCACGGAUAUAUACCGAGAGUCCAGUUUCAUGGAUAUACUAUACCAAGUCCAGUUGCACUCGAUUCAAUUCCUUUGGAUUAGCCAAAGAUGCACGGUACUUCAUAGAAGACCCCUCUAUUGGAUACCAGCCAAGGUUCAAUACAUGCAUGAAAGAUAACGGUGUUCAAAUUAAUUGAUCUUUCACAUAAAAGCAUAUAUGAAGUCUCUUAUAAUGAUACGGGUUGUGUUUCGUUGAUUCUGGACAGCGUAUGCAUAAGCAAGCACAACUCUAUUAAUUUCAUUCAAAAUAUGAAAUACCACAAUUGGCAAUCCUGUUAUGUCAACUCUUGAGUUGUUCUUUGGAGACAGAGGAAACAUUUGAGUACAAUGUCUUUUUGCCAAGGGGGAGUCAUUUUUUUGGAAGAAGUUGUUGAAAACUGCGCCAGCCUUGUUUACUCCCUAACAGAAACUUCAGUUGAACUGUUAUUACUCUGCAUUCCUUCAUUGUUUAUCACUGUGAAGCAAAGCCUUGCAGUUGGAGGUAGAGUUGCUAUGUUGCAUGAUUUGGCCUGUGUUUGCGUUUAGUUUCAGUGGCACCAAUUUAUCUACGAGGCUUUGUAAAUCCCCUCUGAUGUUCCAGUUGAUUGAAACGAAUCGAAUGUGAUUACAGUCGUCUACCUCAUGAGGAUGUUUAAAAUUACCUACUGUUUGUAGUCCUGCAUUGUAGUCACUGUAGUUAUCAUGAUGGAAGUUGAAAUGAUCUAUGUAUCUUAGAUUUAGGGCUGUGCUGGUGUGUAAUGAGCAUGCCUUUGAAAGAGAAUAUAUAUAUAUAUAUAUAAAUAAAUUGCCCUUUUACUUUUCCUAGUCUUUACUAAAACUUAAAACUGUGCGACAUGACUUAUAUUGUUGCCCUGGGCAAUGCCACAAUCUAUACAGAGCCUGUGGCCUGAGAUUGUGUUUGCUGGAAAUCAAAGACAGCAGAAAGGCUACCAAGAUUCUGUAUUUUAGUAGUGGGUCGCCGUUGUCCUUUUAUGUUUAUUUCACAUAAGUUCAGUAAACUAAUUGGAAGGUUGUUAAUGAAAACGUGUAAUUGCAAAUAGCCAUAUUGAGGAAUACAGUUGGGUUUUUUUAAGUUUUCUACACAAUUUUGUUGUUAAAACUACUUUCUUAAGCUGUGAGUUUUUGUGUGUGUGUUUG